AUGGAGGAGGUCCCAGAUAUGGAUGACCUUCUCGAUGAGAUGGAGUCCGACUUGAUCCGGAAGGCACGCAUCACCCAGCCACCGCCUCUCCUGCCCCCGACUUCGAUUGGAAUGCAGCCGAGAGGAUUUCAUAAUAUCCAACCAACAAAAAGCAUCAUCGCUGUGCCAAAGCUGCUCGUCGGCGAGGACAUGAACCAGCACAUGGUGGUGAGCUUUGUUUAUAAAAAAAAUUAGCAAUGUUUAUCGCAUAUUUAUCUCUUCUCUCAGGGCCACAUUGACAUCGAUACUUCCGAACUUCCCAACACGUUUCAUACGCAGCCAAUCAUUGGACACGUGGCAGAAUACAAAAACGAGAAAGAAGACGUUGUUAUGGAGCAGAAGGAAGCAGAAAGUGCACAUGUGCCCCCUCAAGUUAAUGGAAAUCAUCUAACCUUUAACCGAACGCCUGAAACAGUCAAUGAUGUUUGCCGGAACUUAGAAAAAGGUCAGAAGCGAGAGCAAGAACCAGAACCUGAAGAUUCAUCCGAAGUAGAAGAGGUUUGCUGCAAAAUGUACUUUUUUGUUCAAAAAUAGUGAUUUUUAAGGAAACACUGGUACCCGAAACGCAAAUGAUUUCCUUCCUGAAUGCGACAGUCCGGGAUAACAUUGCAAACAUGGACAUUCCAAAUGAAACCGUUCAGUUAGAUACAGAAAUUGAAUCCAUGCUCGAAUAUCUGAACGGAUUCGACCUGAAUAAAGAAACGUCCACUCUUCCCAUUGCUAACGACGGAAGAAAGUCUGGGGGCCAUGAUUCAAUCAGCGACGAGUCGGUUGUAUCUCAAUUCGCCGAUAAGUUAUCUGAAGAAGUCAUGAAGGCGGCGUUGGAGCAACCGCGGAAUUUGCAUUACGAUCCGGCAAUGCGAGAAUUCUACGAAACAAACGAUUCUGCAACGGAGGUGUUCGCAAUGAGCUUCGAAUCUGGCAGAGUCAACAUUGAACAUGACAAUGGAGAUUAUCUGUCCGAGCCGGAAAAUGUUCCAAAAAGGCCGAGAAUGCCAUCAGUAGCAGAAGAAGAGCACGUUGAAAAAAGCGAGGAAGCAGGACGUCUUUUGGAGAAGACUUCAGAGGAGAAUGAAAACGAAGCGGAAGUUGAUCAACUUGCUGAGAAACAGAAACAUGUUGAAGUGCAUUUGGAGGAAUCUGUGAAUCAAGAAGUUAUUGAGCCGGACGAAAAGGAUAAAGUCAUAGACGCUCCAAAGGAAUCUGCGAGAGAUAAUCACGACGAAUAUAAACAGGUACACCACAAGUUCCGAUUCCGAAACAGUUUAACAAUAAUAUAAUUUAGGCGUCAGAUGAGGGUGAAGUCGUCGAAAUCGGAGUUUUCGAUGCACUGCCUUCUGUAGAACCUUCUCAACAAAAAGACGUUCGCAUUGUCGUCGCAGUGGCGAACAGCGAUAAUGAUGAGUCAUCUGUAGAUCUGGAAGAAGACGACACUGAGAACCGAUCUAGAUUCGACGUAAGAAAAUAUCGUUGAAUCCCAUUCUGUUCACUAUUUUUUCAGUCCUCAAUAGCCACAGUUCACGUUCUUCACGAAUCGGAUUCUGAAGAUUCUCUGACUCCACGGAGAGAACGGAGACUGACCGAAUCGGAACUGCAACUUGGAAAGACGUCUCCUUACUGGAUACCUGAUUCGGAGUGCCCUAAUUGCAUGCUCUGCAACGCCCGGUGAGUAACGGAGAACGGCGCUGUCUAACUUCAGCAAUUGCCAGAUUCACACUCAUAACUCGUCGCCAUCAUUGUCGUGCUUGUGGACGAGUCCUUUGCGGCUCUUGCUGCAAUGAAAAGGCACUGCUCGAGUAUUUGCAAGAAGCGGGGAAGAAGCCGCAAGCAGUGAGAGUUUGCAAGCCGUGCUCUUCAAUGCUUGCCCGCAUUGAGGCCCACGAGGAAGGGGAGCGUAACCGUCGAGAAUCGAUCACUUCGGACGUGGACGGAAACACGGAAGAGUUGUCUGCUCUUCCAACAACGUCUUCUUUGCCACGUGGUGUUCUGAAAACAAGAGCUUCCACUCAUGGGAACGAAGAGGAAGGAGCAUCAACGAGCGUUCAAACGCUGUCUGCAAGUGUUGCUCCAGCUGAUACUUCGAGAAGAUCUGUCAUGUUCCGUGACGGCGUCCGACCUGGUGCUCCGGCUGACGAAGAGAACCCAGGGGAAGAACGAUCGACGGCACUGAAACCGAAAAAGGUGAGUGAACGCAAUUUAGACUGAAUAGGUCUGUUCAGAAAUCAAGAAAGAGACACGCAGUUGUCAGAAGAAUAGCAGAGCUGAGAAUGGAGGAUGAGUUGGCUUGUGCUCUUCCGAAAGAAGGACAAACAAAAAUUCUGAUUGUGAAGCCAGACUCUGAUCAGCCGAGAUUCGAGGACGCUUCAAUCGUUCUCGAGACACUUUGCAACUUCUCUGUUGUCACCGUCGUUCUCAAAAAGAAUCUCAACUGCACAGUUCAAAUAUUCAACAGUGAGUUUUUCGACUAUCCUGCCAGCUAAACAUUUCCUUUGUUAAGAUCCCAAUUUCGGUUUGAUUUGGGCUGUUUCGACCCAAGGAUUCGCUCAAAUUGGUUUGGAUGAACUGCUGUUCGCAUGGACUAUGAACAAUCGAGAGAAACAGAAAGUUGAUGCGGAAGAGCCGGAGCUCGAUGAGCACGUUGCCCUUUCAUUUCUCCCUCUCUCUGUUCUUCAUCGCAUUUCCAUGGUUAGUACUAUAAAAGUUACAGAUAAUGCAAAAAAAAAACAAUUUCAGAUUUACACUCAUUCCACGGAACAUGAGUUUGCCGGCGUCCGAAGAGUGGACUCUCGUCUUUCACGAAUUCAUUCGGUUCCCGUUCCCGCCCAUCCGCUCCCCAAACACAUCAUGUUCUUCCGUCCCACAGUUCAAGUCGGUCUUGGCAAUCUCCGCAUCCCAUCCAAUCCAUUCCUCAUUGCCUGCUUCCUUCACGACGACGAAUUGAACUGGGCAACAAGCCUUCCGAAUAGACUCCUAUACAAACUCGGACAGAAGUAUAACGGUUAGAGAAAAAUAGUAUAUUUCUAUUAAAACGUUUGCUUCUUGCAGUUUAUCCGACGCCAUUCGUCAACGACAUUGGUCGUCCGUCUCUGUAUAGCACUGACAUCUCCGGAACCGUUCUGAAAGUGUUCACGGACUUCCGAUCAUGGUCGUACCGAAUGCGACACAUUCCUGGAUGCACGGUUUCUCUGACCAACGAUAAAACUGUAAUCCGUGUUCCAAAAUCUGCUAUAAAUGACGUAAGAUACUCUAUCGUCGGCGAGAGUUCAUAAAAUGUUGUUUCAGCUGAAAGAAGUUCUCAGUUUCAGUCGAUCGAUGGUCGCAUGGAGUUGUGACCUGAAUCACGACGAUGACAGUGUUCUGGUUAUUAAAGACGGACAUGCUUGAGUAGAACAUGAGCUUUCAGAUUUGUGAAGAAACAGACACUGGAAUCUAUUCGACGCAGGUAUUUGCGAAAUGCCACGGACAGAGAGAAUCCACAAGUGCCUCAUUCGUGAUCCUUGACGGCGGCUCCAAAGUGAGUUCUCUGCAAGUGAACGUCGUCGAAGAUGGCGUUGCAAUCCGAGUGCAGAGUGACCGUCUCGAGACUAUUCUGAAUGCGAUCAACGACGGUCACGACGUUGUCGAAUCGUCGAAGGAUAUGGAAUUCCGAGUUGAAUUCGUUGAAGAUGGAGACUGGAUAUCCAUGGACAAUGACUACUUCCCGAAGUCUCAGAUAGACGGACUCUACCUCAUGGUUAGGAAAAAAUAGGCUGCUGUCCAACAGAUUCCUUUUUUUCAGAACAAGUUCCAGUACGGACUGUCCCUUGAACGAGCACUCACUCAAGUGUUGCAAGUUCAAGGAAUCAGCGAUUACGGUGUCCGCAUGUCUCACGUUUACAAUCUCGGAGACGGAAGACUGCAGCCAGAGGAAGAGCCGAAGAUCUACGGGUAACCCGGACGGAUGUUGAUCUCCUACUGACCGAUUUUUUUCAGAAUGGUCGAGAUUGCUGCAAGAGAAUGCGUUGCCAUGUUGGAGCCGCACAUGCAGUUCCUGAUUCGAGCUGGAAUUGGGUGAAGGAGUCACUGAUGUGCUCAUUCUUUUAAUAUCUACUUUCAGAAGUUUGUCAAUCCGCCUCUUUGUCUCUCCUUAUGAAUUCGAGUACGAUGUCUCUAGAUGGCUCGGAUUGGAAGAAGAAAACAAUAAAUAUAAGCAAAGUCUCGAUCAGGUACCGUAGCUCCAACUCCUAUUUUCUGUCAUCUUCCCAUUUCAGCUCAUCCCUAUGCUGUACAACAUGGUCGAAUACGUUCCGAACGGAUUCGAAGUCGAAUUUGUGCUCUCUAUUGUUUCGACGAGAGCCCUUCCCAUUUAA